UUCUUUUGAUGGUUUAUGGCUGAGCUAAAGUGGAGAACUGUAAGUUCCUAAGGUACCAAGUACUAACUAGUAACAAUCCCGACUAACUGACAAAUAGAUGAACCAAAUCUCAUGGAGCCUGCACCGCUUUCGACAUCUUCUAAAGAGCUGCAUUGCCGAGAGAGAUCUGUCCACCGGCAAAUCACUUCAAACGCUCUACGUAAAAUCUCAAGUUCCUCCUUCCACCUACUUCGCCAACCACUUCAUCAUCCUCUACUCCAAAUGCGGUUGCCUCUCCACGGCACGCAAGGCCUUCGACCACACCCCUCACCCAAAUGUCUUCUCUUUCAAUGCCAUAAUCUGCGCUUACGCCAAAGAGUCACAAACCCACAUUGCCCGCCAGUUGUUCGAUCAAAUUCCCCAACCUGACAUCGUCUCUUAUAACACUCUCAUCUCUGCUUACGCUGACCGUGGAGAGACCUCACCUGCACUGCAUUUGUUCUCUGAAAUGCGUGAUAUGGGUCUCGACUUGGACGGGUUCACUCUCUCUGCUGCCAUCACAGCCUGUUGUGACGACGUCGCUUUGAUUAAACAAAUUCAUUCUUUAGCAGUUUAUGGUGGGUUCGAUUCCUUUGUUUCCGUAACCAAUUCAUUGGUUACUUACUACAGCAAGAACGGCUAUUUAGACGAGGCCAAACGAAUUUUUUAUGAAAUGGGUUCGAUUAAAGACGAGGUUUCGUGGAAUACCAUGAUUGUUGCAUAUGGGCAACACAGGGAAGGAUCUAAGGCUCUGGAACUGUUUCAGGAAAUGACUCGCAUGUGUUUGAAAGUGGACAUAUAUACGUUGGCCAGUGUUAUGACCGCCUUUACGUGCUUGGAGGAUCUAUCUGGCGGGGUUCAGUUUCAUGCGCAGUUGAUUAAAACCGGUUUUCAUCAAAAUUCCCAUGUUGGGAGUGGUUUGAUCGAUUUGUAUUCUAAAUGCGGAAAUGGCAUUUCUGAUGCUGAAAAAGUCUUUGAAGAGAUCCCUGAACCGGAUUUGGUUCUUUGGAACACCAUGAUUUCUGGUUAUUCUCAAAAUGAGGAAUCCUCUGAAGAGGCUCUAGAUUGCUUCCGGCAGAUGCAACAGUUUGGCUACCGCCCUGAUGAUUGCAGCUUUGUCUGCGUGAUUAGUGCAUGCUCAAACCUGUCAUCUCCAUCACAGGGGAAACAAAUGCAUUCUUUGGCCAUAAAAUCUGACAUCCCAACAAAUAGAAUAUCGGUUAGCAAUGCACUAAUUGCAAUGUACUCAAAAUGUGGCAAUCUGCACGAUGCUAGACGGUUAUUUGAGCGGAUGCCAGAGCAUAAUAAAGUCUCAUUCAAUUCGAUGAUAGCAGGUUAUGCACAGCACGGGCAUGGAACUGAAUCAGUACUUCUGUUCCAAAAAAUGCUUGAACUGGAUAUUGAACCUACAAGCAUCACCUUCAUUUCUGUCCUCUCCGCAUGUGCACACACUGGAAAGGUAGAGGAAGGUUGGAGUUAUUUCAAUUUGAUGGAUGAGAAAUUUGGGAUCAAACCACAUGAAGAACACUAUUCUUGCAUGAUUGAUCUCUUGGGCCGAGCAGGCAAAUUGAAUGAAGCUGAGAAGCUGAUUGAGAUGAUGCCAUUUGACCCUGGUUCUGUUGGUUGGGCAGCAUUGCUUGGUGCCUGUAGGACUCAUGGGAACAUUGAGCUGGGAGCUAAAGCUGCCAGACAGUUUCUACAGCUGGAACCUUUCAAUGCUGCUCCCUACGUCAUUCUUUCAAAUAUGUAUGCCAGUGCUGGUAAAUGGGAAGAGUUUGCAACUGUUAGAAAAAUGAUGAGAGAGAGAGGAGUGAAGAAGAAACCAGGCUGUAGUUGGAUUGAGGUGAAUAAGAGGAUCCAUGUAUUUGUUGCUGAAGAUAGUUCACACCCCAAGAUAAAAGAAAUAUAUAAGUUCUUGGAAGAGAUGUCAAAGAAGAUGAAACAAGCUGGGUAUGUGCCAGAUGUGAGAUGGGCUUUGGUUAAGGAUGAUGGUACAGGGGAAGAGGAGAAAGAAAAGAUGUUAGGGCACCAUAGCGAGAAGCUUGCCAUUGCAUUUGGGUUGAUAAGCACUCGAGAUGGGGAGCCAAUCCUUGUGGUUAAGAACCUCAGGAUAUGUGGGGAUUGCCAUAAUGCAAUCAAAUUCAUUUCUAUCAUUGUUGGGAGGGAGAUUACUGUUAGGGAUGCACAUAGAUUCCACUGCUUCAAGGAAGGGACUUGUUCAUGUGGAGAUUAUUGGUGACCAUGGAAGUUUCUUCAAUCGUAUGCAGCUUUUCUACAUUGAGAGGAGGCAUACCCAGGCUUAGCCCACUCAUUACUAUAAAGGCAAAGCAUUUUGGACUCGGACAUGACCGGCAGGGUGUACAACUUUACCGUCAACAACUAACCCACUGAGUGUUGCCAGUUACCAUUGACCUAUGAUCUAGAGAAGUUGACCAGACAAACGAAAGGAGUGCUCAGAAAUGCUUCAUUGUAGUAACACUUGCUCAAUUCAUUUGUAUCUGAGAUCGUGGUUGGUUUCUUGCCGAAGGAAUAGCUGAACUUGUUUUGGUUUUGGAUAGAUAUACAAAAGAGAGUUUCCUGGCGUGAACAGCUA